UUUUCAGCAUUAGUAUUGCACGACCUUUUUGUUGUUUCUCUCUAUUUUUUUUUUAUAGAAUAUCAUCAUGCCUCUUGAACAAUUCUCUUUGAAAGGAAAGACCGCUCUUGUCACCGGUGGUGGUCGUGGUCUUGGUUUGAAUAUGUCCAAGGCUCUUGCUGACGCUGGCGCCAACGUUGCCGUGACUUAUGUAUCCAAUGCCAAAACCGUUGAAAUCGCUGAAGACAUUGCCAAACAAUACGGGGUCAAGUGCAAAGCAUACAAGGUCGAAGUAGCUGAUGCUGAUGAUGUGAAGCGUUCCUUUGAACAAGUUUACAAGGACUUUGGUGCCAUUGAUAUCUUUGUUGCCAACGCUGGUAUCUCCAUUGGUGGUUCUGCUGAGACUUUUGACUUGGACUCCUGGAGACGUCUCUUUGACGUGAACGUCCACGGUGUCUUUUACAGCGUCCAGGCUGUCUCCAAGUACAUGUUGGAGAAGGGCAAGGGUAGCAUCAUUCUUAUCUCUUCCAUUUCUGGUGCUGUCGCCAACAUGCCUCACCAUCAAGCUGGCUACAACUCCACUAAGGGUGCUGUUUCCCUUAUGGCCAAAUGUCUUGCAUACGAAUGGGCUCAGCGUGGUGUCCGUGUCAACACCAUUAACCCAGGUUAUAUGAAGACCGACAUGAUUGAAGAGAACACCGCUGUUCAGGAAAAGUGGAAGGAGUACACUCCUAUGGGUCGUUUGGGUGAAGCCAACGAAUUGAACGGUGCCGUUGUGUACUUGGCCAGCGAUGCCAGCAGCUAUGUCACUGGUUCCGAACUUUUCGUUGACGGUGGUUAUACAGCUGUUUAAAUAUCAAAAUUUUCUUGUAUUCAUAAUCUUUUAUUCUUCUGUAAAUUAAACUCGUCAUGUUCCUUUUUUUGUGAAUAAGAAUUCUUUUUA